ACUUGUGCCCAUCAUGUGCUUUUAUUUACAUUCUGGGAAAUAGUGUGCGAUGUAGAAGUUAUUGUUUUAAAAUAAUAAUUUAAUGCUGAAUUCACAUUUUACACAAGAUGAAGAGUAAGCCAGUUAAACACAAAACAACAAAUACUUUUCGUUUUAUCCCUUUUGCUGAGAGAAUAAAUGCCAUAGACAUAAGACAUGCAGCACUAUACCACAUUGAACAUGCAUACACAAGGCAGCCGGAAGAGACUGAGACCCACUUCCACUUAGCUCUCCAGAAAUGGAAUGUACUCAAUUUGACUGAAAACUUCAAGAAAUUUAGAAAAGAAGUAUUGGGCAUUGUGACUUUGCCACAGUUAGUAUAUAAAAAGGAAGAAGUUGUUGAUAGUUUGGACAAAUAUUUGAGUUUAGAAGAUCAGUUAUGUCUGCAGCCCUUGUUAGAAAUAUUAGUCUCGUUAGCAAAGGACCUAAGAAAUGAUUUCUACCCUCAUUUUCCAAGAUUUCUGGAUAUACUUCUGAAACUGUUAAACACCAAGGAUGCAGAGAGACUAGAAUGGACUUUAAUUUGUUUAGCAUUUCUGUUUAAAGUCUUAAAACCUUAUCUGAAAAAAGACAUAGCAGUUGUUUUAAAAAAGAUAAUACCACUGUUAAGUGACGGUCAACCACAGUAUAUAAACAAUUUUGCUGCAGAAAGUUUUGCUUUUGUUGCCCGUGAUAUUAAAGACAAGAAAAAAUUCAUCGAUCUUGUAUUGGAUUACCUGAAGUCUAAUGAAGAUGCUACAACGGGAUGUGGUCAUCUUAUAUUCGAAAUUUUAAGGGGUGUAAGUGGAAAGUUCCACAGUUGUAUAGAAACUUUUCUCCCUAUACUAUUGACCACUCUGAAAGUUGACAAGGAGCAUCAGGAAUUAUUAUUUAAAGUCUUAACACAGACUCUUGAAGACAGUUUACAAACUAUAUCACCCAAGGAAUACAAUAUUUUCUGGACAAGCAUUUUGAAAUUUACAGAAGAGAUACUCAAAGAGAAUGAUGAGAAAAGCAAGGGUUUAGAGUACAUAUUAAGACUGGCAGGACAAGUUGUUGAACAUAAUAAUGGAAAGUACUUGACAUGUCCACCUCAAUUCGUCCUCUUGUUAGUGAAGGUGAUAUGUGAACAGACUGCUGAGAAUGUGUUAGAAGUUUGUGCCCAAAUUGGAGCACUAUUACUUCUUUCACCCAAUGUUUCUCUUUCUCAAGAACAUGCUAGUAUUAUCAUCAAAGUACUCCUUCCUUUGCCAUACCCAAAUAUUUUGAUAAACUUUGUCAAAAAUGUUAUUGACUACCCCCAAUUUGAUUUGCACAUUUUGCCCCCAUUUCUCAACUUUGUUGUGCAAUCGGACUUCGAUAAUGAAGCUAUGAGCACAUUAACUAAAAUUUGUGUUCAUAAAUCACCAUUGUCGAAAAACGGAAUAAAACUUUUUGAAUGGGUCAAGUAUCCCCUUGAUUUCGGCAGAUGCCUGCCGAUGUUCAUGGAAUGUUUUGAUAGUGUUAUCAAUGAAGAUGUAGAAAAUAUUGUGGAGAAACCUAUAAAAUUAAUGAACAUGCUGUUCUGUUUGCCCCAUGUCGAGAAGAUAAAUAUUAAUCAUUGCAUCAAGAGUAUAAACAGGCUUAUAACAAAACUGUUGAAUAUCCUGUCGAGUUACAAUUUAGAGAAUCGGCCAGAUCACAAUAAAUUCCAUUGUGACACCACAGCUUUAUCACGAUGUACUAGAUUGGUGUUGUUCAUAAUCGUGAAUGCUAUGGAAAGUGCCAUACAUAUAUCUAGUUGUAAGAAACUGAAGGAAAUCUGUGACAUUGACAUGUUGUUGCCGAUGAUUUUGCCUUGUGCUGCCGAUCCUAAUUACUUGGCAGCACUGCAUUUGUUGGAUUUGUAUCUUACUGCAUAUGAACAAGAGAAUGGACUGACAUAUCCUCAUCUCCUAUUGGUGGAUUCAUAUCUUAGGUGUAAUGUUUCUUCACCUUUUCACAUUGUUCGUCUUCUAACUAUCCACAUUUACAAGUUGUUCGAAAAUGUUGAAGAAUUAAACAAAACAGUAGAAGUUGGUGGAACAAAAGAACGUUUUGAAAUUUUCACUAGAUGUUACACAGUAGAGUCUACAACUCCAUCUAUACAAGAAUACAGAGGUCAAAUAAAUAUGCUUCAAAAAAUGACCUUUAAUACUACCCAGUAUGUGCUAGCCAAGGACACUGACUUUAAGUUUUUUUCUUUAAAUUAUAUGCUAGGAGUGUUGUACUUUAAUUUCAAGUUACUUUGGGAACCUGUCUCGGAGUAUAUUGCAGGAUAUGGCAAUGCUUUAACAGUUGACGAAUUCUGGCCAACAUUUUAUAAGGCCUUGGAAUCGUCAUUCGCAAAUGCUAAAAAGGAUUUGAAAAAGUUUCAGUUUGAUGAAGAAAUUGAUAACAUAAAUCUAAAGGAGUUAUAUUCGGAAUUUAACAGUAUACCAGAAAAACCUGAUUUGUAUAAUUAUAGGAAUCUGUUGCUUAAAAUAAUGACAAAUUGUAUACAACCAUGUGAGGCGAGAAAUCGUGAUGUAGUUGUCUUAUUCCUUAAUUUUAUUGAUGAAGAAUAUAGAAAGAACGAUAAUAUGAAUGCUCUAAAAAUAGACGUUGAACUUAGAAAUAUCACACAAAUUGAAGUUGAGGAGGAAAAACCUGACGAAGUUCCUGAUCUCGAGGAACAGAUUGAAUCUAUUGAGAAAACAAAAGAAACAGUAUCAGGCAAAAUUAUUUUCAAAACGCUCAUUAAUAUUAUGCAAGUGCUAGCACAAUUUAAAAACCCCAGAGCACUUCACAAAGAACCUAUCUUUUGGGAACUUUACAUGGAGUUUCUGAAACACAAAAACCCAGGACUUCAGAAAUAUGCUUUGGAUUGUGUGCUGAAUUAUAAAAAUAAAAGUGUUACACCAUAUAAAAAUAAUCUGCAAAAUUUAGUUGAUGAAAAUAAGUUGAAAGAUGAGCUGACAUUGUUUAAAAUAACUGAAGAUUCAAAGAGCAUUCAACCUGAAGAUAGAGAGCAUGUUGUACCUAUUAUUUUGAGAAUUCUGUAUGGAAAAAUGACCUCGAAGUUAGGUGCUGAUAAAAAAGGAGGCGGUCAAACUAGACGGUCCCUAGUUAUGAGAUAUUUGGCGGGCUGUAACGAAAAUGAACUGAAAAUGUUUAUAGAAAUGGCAUUCUCUCAUUUCAAGGAAUAUAUGUCUAUGGAACCUAAAGAAAUAUUAACAAAUAUAUUGGCUACUUUAGAUUUGAAAUCGGUCACAAGUCCUGGUAAACUACAUAGUAUUUUGAAUUUAUUUGAAGUAGUCAGAGAAUAUUUUGGAGGUUAUAUGAAAGACGAAUUACUUGGUCAAUUGUUUAAGAUUCUUUACGCCGUGUGCUCGACAGUAGCCACCGUAUUGGCACAGGGAGAGAGAGUACACAUUGGGUAUACUAAAGUCAUGAAAAAUCUUAGAACCCUAUCAUUGGGUUCACUUAGAAAAUUGUUUGAACAGUUUGACAAAUAUCCAUGGAGCAGAGACGAAUUACAUUUGUUAUUUGAGACUUUGCUUUGGCCUACGAUACCGAAACUACAUAUUGAAGGCAUUCACAGUCCAACAGCAUUGCUAAAGUUGUUCAAUGAGUGGUGUCUGAAUCCUAGGUAUUAUAUAUUGCUAAAUACUUGCUCACAGCAAGACAAUUCAAUAAGCGCAUUGCCAGCAAUAUUCAAACUACUUCUAGCGCCUAAAACAACUCCUGGAGUAGUUAAUUUGAUUCUGGAUAUGAUAGAAAAGUUACUGACCUUAACUGAGGACGAAGAAGAAAAAGAUGUACCACCUAUUGAAACAUUUAAUGCCCUACCUGUUCUAUUUGGUUUGGAGGUUGAUAAGUUACCUAACAUCAACUUUGGAAGUAAAAUAUUAAUUCCACAUGUACCCUCAAUCUUGGAAGUAAUGAAACGUCGUAUAGCAAAUUCGGCAAAAUCAAAUACAGUGAAUAGAAGAGAUUUACUCAUACUGUCAAGAGUGACUGAAUUAGUUGCCACUCCAGAGCUAUGUGAUGAGUUACUAAACUUGCUCCUGCCUAUAUUAGUAAAGAAAGUUUGCAUGAACAUGGCGGAAGAAAAUAUGGAGCACGCUGUGACGACGAUUAUAAACUUGCUUGGACACAGCACAAAUCCACAAAUGUACAUUAAACAUAUAGCAGUUUUAUUUAAUAAAGUAUCCCCUGUUGAUGUAAGGAAAUUACUUAUUAAACUAUUGUUUUCGAUAGCUGAAAAUGCAAAAGAUAAUAAAGAUAUACUGUCUCGUUUGGCAAGUAUCGUUUCUGAAAUGAAUGCUUUUAAUAAGAGAUGGAUAGAACAGCCUGAUUUUGAUAGAAGACUGGAGGCUUACAAAGAAAUAUACAAAUUAGCUGAUGCGAAUGAUAUUGACGUAGAUCUAGCAAUUUUGAUAGUCAAUAAUUGCUUUUAUUUUAUUCGAACUGAGAAAGACAUCGGCUUGCGCGAUGGCGCAGGACUGUGUUUGAGGAAAAUUUUACCGAAAUUGAUGUCAAAAUAUUGGUCGACUAGUGAUGGGCAAUAUUUAGUUCGUGAUACAGUUUUGUCUCUAAUAUCUACAGGCAUAAGGGAUACUAAAAAUGAAAUAAUGCGAAACGAAAGCAUUGCUUUACUUGGAGAGUUGGCAAGAGAAUGUCCAGACGCAGACGUCGUCCUUUCAGAUUUAGCUAAUUUUACUAAUAAAGAAGACAGGGAAGUGGACUUCUUUGAUAAUAUGUGCCAUUUGCAAAUGCACAGACGCGUGAGAGCUCUGAUGAAAUUUUGCAAAGUUGCGAAGAAAAUUGUCAAGUGUCCGACACCUAGGACUUUAACAAACUUCAUAAUGCCGUUAGCAACUAUGUUUAUAUGUGAUGAUAAAUAUUCAGACAAAAACACAUUGAUAGAUGCUUGUAUUGAAGUGAUUUCAACAUGUUGUCGAUUACUGCCCUGGUAUCACUAUGAAGUGAUACUAAAACUUUAUUUGAACAAAAUGCGCCAUUCCACCGAUUAUCAGAAGCAGCUUACGCGAAUUUUAGUUGGAAUCAUUGACGCUUUCCAUUUCGACUUUUCUAAAGUGAAGAGCAUAGAAUUACCGAAAGCAUUAGUUACGAAUAUGGAAACAGGAAAAGUUGUAAUCAAAGAUAAUAAUCACAAAGUUAAAGAAAAAGAAGUUACUGAAGAUGUAGAUGUUGAAAAAACAGAUGAAGAUCGGAAUAAUGAGGAAUUCAGAGAAGAAAGUGCUUUGGAAGUCAAUGUGGAAUCUGAGUUGAAGGACGCAGAUGAUGAGGCGGAGAAUGAUGAAACUACUAAGGAAGUUAGUAAAUUGCCAGCGUUUGAGAGGGUAACGAGUGUCUCGCCUUCCGUUGCUAAGAGGAUCAUCAAGUCACUGUCUGCAGGAUUAUUACCUCAGUUGCAUAGGGCUAUAGGUAAAAUGACAGAUCACGAAGAGUCCCACAAAGUGAACCGAAGGCGCACUGGAUUGGAGAGACAAGAGGAGGAUAUGUUACGGGUGCCGAUAGCCCUCGCGCUGGUGAAGCUUCUGCAGCAACUGCCUGGAGACGUGUUGAGGCAUCAGUUGCCUGGAAUCACAAUAAAGCUAUGCUCCUUCCUGAAAUCUCCGUUGAAACAAGUCAGAAUCGCGGCGCGAGAUAUCGUCAAGAAAGUAAUGCUAACAGUCGGUACAAGUUAUCUAGGAAUAUUACUAGAACAUCUCACUUUAUUACUCACCAAAGGUUUUCAAGUUCACGUCCUAGUUGCCACUAUACAUACAGUGUUAGAUGCGUUGAAAUCUGACUUCAAAUCUGGCGAACUGGACAACAAUCUUCGAUACAUACUCGAUGUGUGCACAAAUGAUCUAUUUGGAGCACUCUCUGAAGAGAAAGAAGUCGACAAACUUCAUUAUAAAACCCCAGAAGCGAAACCGAGCAAGAAAAGUUAUGUAACAUUAAUGAUUGUAUCUCAAAAUAUAACAGAAAAAUGCCUUAUAAAUUUAUUGUUACCAUUCAAAGAUGUGUUACAAAAACAUCAUUCUAAAAAAAUUGUCAUGAAAGUCCAAGAGGCAUUCACUCAUAUUUCCAGUGGAUUGGUGACAAAUAAGUAUAUAGAUAUAGAAUCAUUAUUCAUAUUCUUACACGGGGUCGCUUCAGAAAGUAUACCAGAGUUUGUUUUAAACGCUCCGAAGAGAGAAAUAAGUGAGGCGCAGAAAGAAAAGAUGUUGCGAGCUAAACCUGACUGUUUCCUUAUUCCCGAAAUACCGAAACGCAAUAAAGAAAGUCAAGCGAAGAAUGUAAGGACAUCCAGUAAAGCGAAUGCUCAUGUUUUGGUCGAAUUCAGUUUGAAUAUACUAUAUAUUUUGCUGAAACGGGAAAAAGUCCCAAGAAUGGAUUGUCGUUCAUUUGUAGAUCCACUUAUUCCGUUGUUAGUCGAUUCAUUGAAGAGCGAUCAUAUCAAAGUGACUACGGUAGCUAUGAAAUGUAUUGCGUCGCUGUGGAAUAUCAGAGUUAGCACGCCGACUUUAGAAGAAAUGGUUGAGGAUAUUGUGAAAACUAUAUUCCUGAUACUGCACAAGUACGCGACGUUUGAGAUAAGCAAGCAGAAUGAUAAUUUCCAUCUCGUGAGGAAUGCUUUCAAGGCAAUAACAGUACUCAUCCGCAAUGUGAAAUACCACAGACUAGACAACGACCAACUAAAAACGUUGCUUCUUUACGCCGAAGAGGACUGCCAGAAUGACGAUAGACAGGCUAAUUCGUUCUCGUUGUUGAAAGCGAUCCUCGAGGCGAAGUUGAUAUCGAAUGAACUGCACGAAGUGAUGGAAAAGGUCUCCAAGAUUUGUAUACUGAGCGAGUCUGCCAGAUCAAGGGACGAAGCCCGUGGCAUAUUCGUCUCUUACUUGACCAACUACUCGCCCGGCAAACGCAUGGACAAAUACAUACAGUUCUUCGUAUCCCAACUCAACUACGAACUGCAACACGGCCGGGAGUCUUCCCUCAAGUUCCUGGAAAUGAUCAUUAAUAAACUGCCAGUGCCAAAUUUAUCUAAACAUGGUGACUACCUCCUAUUGGCCCUCGGCGCUUCAAUGCUUAAUGACAGCGCUCCAGAAUGUCGUUCAGCAGCUGCCGGCUGCAUAGAAGCCAUGUUAAAGCGGCUGCCGUUGCUUGAAAGGAACAAGUUGUUUGACAUCGUUCUCAAAUUCUUUGAAGAUACACAGCCUGUGCACUUAGAACUUGCAGCCCAGCUGAGCACACGAUUCGUCAACGUCGAAACAGACGACUUCAAGAACCGCCUCGACACAUUACUCCCUACAAUCAGUGGCAAAAUACUACUUCUAGGCAACGACAUCACCGAAGGCAGAUUUGUAAAACUACAGAUUGAACAAUCCGACGAUAAGACGGACGAGGAAAAACAGAAAGAAAAAGACCACAGUCUAAUACAGAUAUUGAAUCUUAUAGACAAAAUUGCCGUAAACUGUCCGUCCACGUUAAAAAAUAAUAACUUUUCAAGCGAUUAUGAUGAUAUAGCUCAGCAGUGCCAAGUUUUGUUGGCGUAUCCUCACGCGUGGGUUAGAUUGAGAGCGGCAAAAAUCCUGGGUGCUGUUAUAUCUGUUAUAGAUCCUGGAGAUUUGGAUGUGGUGGUUAGGAAGAAGGUGGAUAGUGACAGGGGCUUUGUGUAUUACGAUACAGAGGAUAAAAUAAGAAGUCUUGUGUUGGAUCUUUGUGCGCAGUACACACCAGCGAUCUCACAGGAAAUGGCUGAACAGGUUACAACAGUUUUGUUUCUAAUAUUGAAACUAGUUCAUGCGAUGUCGAGUUUCAAACUACAAACGAACAAAGUUAUAGACGACGACCAGACAGAAGUUUCCGCGAAAGUGAAUUACCGAUGGAUCUUGUUCAAACUGAGAAAAGCAGUCAACGUUGAAGUGGCUAAAGCGCCGAUGUCUAUGAACAUUAGAACAUCAAUAUUCACAAUGUGGGUGCAUCUAAUCAGCUCAAUGGACACGGAAGACCUAAACAAAAUUAUCGAUGUCAUUUUACCACCGAUUGUUCGAGAACUUUCCACUGGUGACCCUCUAGCGCCUGCGUCUGCGGCGAGACAGCUGGCCAAUAGAGUGGGAAAGAAGAUGAGACGCAAGAUCGGGGAGCUGGAGUAUAGCAAGAUGGUGGCUGAUGUGCAAAUGAAGCUUAAUAUUAGAAGGGCUGAGAGGAAGAAGGUGCUACUGCAAGAAAAAGUGAAUAAUCCCGACAAGGCGGCCAAACGCAAACUGCAGCUGAAGGAGAAGAAGAAGCAAGCGAAGAAGAUGAAAUUGGAAAUGUUGCACGGAAAGAGACCGCGGCCUAAAAAGAGGAAGGCAGAAGAUAUCGACAUAGAAGACCAGUUGCUGCAGGAUAAUUAUUAGUCAUAUAUUUACGUGUGUUAUGGAUGUGACUCCACCAUCCACGUGACAACCGACGUCAAAAUCCUCUUUGGGAAUGCUAUUGUUAUCAGCAGCCGAAGUUUUGUGUUCCUUAGUCGCCUCAUGCGACAUCCACGGGAAGAUAUGAACUGGUCCUAUUUUAAGGGCGGUACCACACGCCCUAGGAUUAUCUACAUAAGACGCGAUUCUGCGAGCGCUUCGACUAUAGACACUCUGCGAGCGCUUCGACUAUAGACACCGCAUUCUUUCAAAAAUAUUUCUCCGUCAUGAAGCAACUUAUUUUUAAGUGAGCUGUCGAAAAGUAUAAAGCUGUCGAACCUAUGAGUUAUGCUCACACGUUGUCGUUUUUGUCUCAUUUUCGCGUUAUAAGUCAAUGUAUAGCACAAUGGAUAUUAAUUUAUCUGUGGAUUAAUAUAGUGCUAAGUAAUUAUUUGAUGAAUCUAUUGUAAAUACUUAUGUAUGUAAAUAUUUUAAAAGACUGUUAUAAGGUUAAUAAACAUGUUUUUAUAUCAAAA